AUGGUGGGGAGGAGGGGGUUGGGGCGAGGGUUUGUUGAGUUUUUUCUCUCUGGUUUGCUGGGCUUGCUGAGUGAAGUGGGAAGGAAGAAGACGAAGCUGAACAUAUACUCUGGACGACCCUAUGGCGUCGGUUCCUUUAUAGGAACCGACGACAUAGGUAGUGUGAAGUCAGGUAGUAGACAGUGGGACUUGGAGCUUAUUGAGGACUUGUUUGAUUCCCGUGAUGUUGAGCUCAUCAAACAGUCGGUCAAUGGUAGUUGGAACUCCUCUAUGGAGGAUUAUGUUUGGAAGAUGUUGUGGAAGAUUAAAGCUCCUCCUAAGCUAUGGGGACGAGUCAAUUUCCAUGUUUUGGUUCAAUGCCCCUUUGCUCAUUCAUGUUGGCUCCGAUCUGCGUUAGGUGUUGACCACUCCACAGUAAACAAUUUUUUUGACUGGUUUAUGGAAGUGUUGGCAGUGGGCAAUAUGGGGUUGGUGAAAGAAGCCGUCAUGGUUGGUUGGGCAAUUUGGAAGGCUCAGAAUGAUAUGCUUUGGAAUGGUAGAAGCUGUAGUGCUGCUGAUGUUAUUUGGUUGGCUCAUACCACUCUUCGACAAUGGACGACUGCUCAGUCUAAUCGGCUGGGCUCGGUGUCUCAGGCUGCCAAUCGCACUGAUACAAGAGAUUACUGGUCCAAACCGGCUGCUAGUCAGUUAAAAAUUAAUGUGGAUGGGGUAGUUUUUGAAGACAUAAAUGAGAUAGGCACGGGUUUUGUAGCACACGACUGUGAUGGUCAUGUAAUGGAGGCAUUUUCAACUAUUUCUUCUGUCAGCUGCCGACCCGAAAUUGCAGAAAUUUUAAGUGUCAAAGAAGCACUUAGUUGGAUAAAAAGGAAUAACAAGUCAAAUGUCAUUUCAGAGACGGAUUGCAUUUUAGUUGUUCAAGCUAUCCUUAGUUCGUUAAACGGUCUGCUAACAAAGCCACACACUGUAUGA